AUGUCGAUGCAACCCUCGUUGAAGGAGUUCCGAGCCUCUGAUGAGAAGCGAGAUACCGGACAGUCUUGUCGGAUAAGGCGUCUGAGCGAUCUCGCCCCGUGGAUUGUGACGAAGAAACUGCGGACCGAACGCGAUUUUCUAGCUGCUGCAUAUCAGGAAAAGAAUGUUAAAGAGUAUAUCAUCAAUCAGAAGGAUUCCAUUUCGAACCUUCUAUGUAGAGUGUGGAACAUCGAGGAUUCUGCAUCAGAGGCCAAGAGAACUAAAACGACUCGUUUGGCUAGAUUAGCGAACGCCGCCCAAGGUCCCUGUGCCUGCAAAGGCGUGACGGAAAUCGCAAUGCUCGAGAUAUUAUCGCAUAACGGAAUCAAACCAUCUCACUUUGCGACCGCAAUAGUCAAGCUUCUCGAGGUCGGGCGUAGUCGAAACUGUAAUCUAUCUUGUUCCGGUCCGAGCGGUUGUGGGAAAUCAUAUCUCGUUCGUCACUUGUCUGAAAUAUAUCGUACCUGUUCUCUAGCUUCCGGCAGCUAUCCUCUGUCAAUUUUGAUGGAGAAGGAUGUUGAACUGUUCAUUCUUGACGACUUCCACUAUUGUGGACGACAGAUUGGUUUUUCUCUCUCCGACGCUCUGCCUUUUUUCGAAGGAAAGAAGGAAAUUACUCUACCCUUACCCAAGAAUGGUAGCAAGUGCGAUGCUUUGUAUAAGAACGAUGCCCCAGUAAUCAUAACGGUCCCUGCGAGGUUUCAAUGCUGGGAUUUGACCCCGGACGACAACGAUAUGUUGAAUCAAAGGUUUAAGUGGAUCUAUCUAACUAAUCCUAUUGACAUAUCAAGUCGCAAAGAUCUUCCAGUCUGUGGAAGUUGCUGUGCUAGAGUCAUUCUCCGUAAUUCUUCUGGUACAGGUUAG